CAAAAAUAAGUUAUUUAUUUCAAUAAUGAUUAUUUUCUUUACUUUCUAAUGGUUUCUUAUAGAGUUAUCUGAUAGAAAUGAAGUGCUACAGUACACCGUAAGUUAUAGAAUAAUAAAAUUAUUAUAAUUACAUAGUAAAAAGAUGAUUUCAAAAACGGCGCUUAGUAGAAGAUAUCGUUGUCAGCAAUGAAGCCUGCGCCUACAUUUCCGAGAAUGCGGCGCUUGACGUCUCUUCGUGACGUCAACCAAUAUCGUCAAGCUGCAACACCGAAACUUGCAUUUUUCAUGUUUCGCAAGUUUCGAUGUAUUCAAAAUGAUUAAAAAUCUAUAUGUAGGAACUAUUUCAAAUGUUCUUAUUUUACAAUAAUCGAGCGAAAAAUUCGUAAAAACACAUUUGCUAUGUCGUUCGAUUUCUUACAAAGGAUUAUCGAUAAGUUGGUACCACUGUCGAUUGAUCGCACGUAUUUUACUCAGAAUGUGUAUCACAUAUAUUUAUUCCUGGGUCCCUCUGGGCGAAUGUAAACAGAAUUUUUUCGCAAAUAUGAAGUGACACGGCCGAUUUAUGCGGCUGCGACUCGUGCGUGGAAGCUGCGAUUUGUGAUACUGUGCGCGGGUUACUCCACCAGUUCUCGAGACCUCCAGUAUAUUAAGGGUUUUGAACGCGUUACGGUGACCAGAAGAAUAUACCCAGCGGGUAAAACAAGUUCGCGUUUGACCGCCCGUAGUGUAUUACAUUCAGUGAAGUAGCGUGGAAACGGUUUAGAAUACGUGCAAGUGCAAUGAGGGAUCUGCAGAAAUUCGUCGAUGACUUUUUGACGUGAUGGGAGCACAAGAUGUCUUCGACCAAAGCAGAUCCCAAAAGACUUUUUCAAGAAAUGUUUCAAUUUUCACUGUCAACUGCAAAAAGUACAUCAGAACAUGAUUUUGAUAAAUCGCUGAAUGUGCAUAGAAUAACAGAGACUUUGUACAGUAAUUCUGAAAAAUGUAAAAAUGAUAGUACAUUUUCAACAAAUAAUACCUGUCUCCCUCAGAAGGAAGACAUUAUUAACAGGAUAAAAAAUGAUUUGUGUGACACAGCUGAAUUUUCAGCAACUAUUAAGUAUUCUUCUGAUAUAUGUUCAAUUAAUCAUUGUAUGUUAAGCAAAGAUGUUAAUUUUAAUAGUAAUUGUGAUAUAAUGAAUUAUCAAAAACACAAAAAAAUCUCACAAAGUUAUUUGUGUUCUAAUAUAUAUAAUUUAAGAAGAAUUCAAGCAGAUAAAAAUUUGCUACUACCGAUUACUAAAAGAAUCGGUAUACAGUGGAGGAAUUCUUUCUUAAGAACUUUUUUAAUUCCUUUUGUUGUUUUAUUAUUAUGUACAACAUUAUGCAAUGCAGAUUCAAAUCAGUGUGCAAUUGGUCUAAAAACACCUGGAAGGACUUGGCCACAAGGUGAUAUUGUUCUUGAAUAUGGCCAAUCUUUGAGAAUACUUUGUAUAUUGAAUCAAACAUUUGUGGAUGCUGAAUUUCCUGGAAAGAACUCCUCAGAUCUUGUCUUUUUUCGAAAUGAAAAGGAAAUGGAGCCACAAUUUAUUACAGUUAUAAAUGAAACCACAAUAUCAUUAGAUGUAGGAAAACCUCCACCUGCAGAAAAUAUGUAUUAUUGUAAAUUAAGACGACCAAAUGAUCACAGCAAACAGUACGAAGCAGUUUGUUUGAAUAAAGUUGUAGUGGGAUUUAAACCUCAAGAACCACAAAACUUCAGUUGUGUAUCUCAAAACUGGGAGAAUAUGAUAUGCUCAUGGGAUCCCGUCCAAAAUUACGUUACAACGAGAUUUACGAUUGUUUUUAAAUUGCCGGGAAGAGCAGGCGGUCGAAAAUUAUAUCCAUGCCCAAAAGAAAAACAGGAAGUAUCAAGGUGUUUAUGGGAUACAACUACAAAUCCAAUUUACCGGCAACCGUACGAAUAUUAUACGUUCAUACUGAACGUGGAAAACGUUUUAGGAAAUGCUAGUUAUACCUAUAAAUUUCAUCACUUUGCUCACGUUAUUCCUGCAAAACCGGCUAAUUUAUCAGUUGUUAACAAAACAUUUGACAGUGCAUUAUUGCAUUGGAGUGUGCCAUUCCCAAUGCAGAAUUUUCCACCUGGAUUACAUCAUAGAAUAACGUAUCAAAAUCAAUGGGAUCACCAAAAAACUUGGCAGGUAAUUAAUAUUACAAACGAUAUUCACACGCAUAAGAGAUACUAUAAUCUUACUGGAUUAGAAUAUGCCAAUACUGUGUAUGAUGUUAGAGUUUUCAUGAAAAGCUCUGUUGCGGUUGGAGAAGACAAGUGGAGUGAGUUCAGUGAUGUUACUUUUAGAACACCCUCAAGAUUACCUGGCCAUCCUCCAAAAACGGAUAUCGGAAGCUUUGAAAUAGCGGAGAACAGUGGUAGCAGGGACGUGUAUUUGUACUGGCAAACUAUACCAGAUUAUUUAGAAAAUGGUGGUAAUUUCAGAUAUGAAAUUGAUCGUGUUGAAGAAAAUGGUCGAAAAUUAAUACUUUGGCCGAACGAAACUACGAGAACAUACGCUAAAUUCAAGGGAAUUAGUUUUAAUAAUUAUCGAUUUGAAAUUGCUUCCACAAACAGUGUGGGAGCUAGCAAGGAACGUACUAAAAUCUUUGUACCUAGUCAAAGUGAAAUUCCACAUGAACCAAUAGCAUUUACGAAAAUUGCGUUCGAUGGAGGAUUGUACGAAUUGUCUUGGAAACCACCUAAUACGAACAUUGAAAUCACGAAUUACACAAUCUUUUGGUGCGAUAACGAACGCGAUCGACCUUAUCAAUGCACUGGCUAUCUGGACUGGGUACAUGUAUCUAAAAAUACAACAAUUUAUAACAUGACCGUACCCGAUCCCGAUAAAGUAUACCAAUUUGCAAUUUCUGCUAAUACGAAUAAAGGUAGUAGCGGUAUGGUAUGGGCGUCGUGUACCGUGAUACAUAAUAAAGUGGUUGGAAAAAUGAAAUCCGUAUGGAUAAAUCGAAUUGGUUCCGAUUUUAUCGAAGUUGGUUGGAAAUUAGAUUGUUCGGACCGUAUUGGAAUCGUAGAAGGAUUUAAUAUUUAUUAUUGUCCUAUUGUUUCACCAUAUAACUUAAAUUGUAAAGGCCCAAAACUGAAUACAACGAUAAAAGCUGAUCCACGUACUAUUCAUGGUAUAGUACACAAUUUGAAACCAUAUACUACAUAUAGAUUAGCUGUUGCUGUUUUAACAAAAAGUGGAGAAGGAUUGCACAGUGAUCCACUAUAUAAUACAACCCUCGAAGCUGCACCAACAACUCCGCCGCAGGAUGUAAAAAUUACAAAUGUCACAAACACAACAAUGUUCAUCACAUGGAAACCGCCGGAUGCGAUGAACGGCGUAUUGCGAUAUUACGAGGUGUAUUACAAUGAUCAUGCGCAAAAAGUUGAAGAAGCAAAUCAUAUCGAAUUGAAAAAUUUACUAGCACACACGAAUUAUAGCAUUAGUGUAGCGGCGUGCACUGUAUCUUGCAGCAUAAAAUCACCUACAAUUCACAAAGUUACGAAGAUUGGAGUACCGGGAAGAAUCAAUGUACCUCUUGUGCGCUUUAUGAAUUCUAGCCAAGUGGUUGUUAUUUGGAAUAAACCCCAGUACACAGCCGGACAUUUGAAUUAUUACGAAGUGUCCUCAAGCGACGGGGAAGUACAAAACAGUACAAGAACAGAGGCCCAGCUACCUAUUCCAGACUGUAAAACUAUAGGACGGGAACGAUUAUACCAGUUUCGUGUAAGGGCUGUUAAUGUUGCACCGAACAAUCUACAUUUAAAAGGUCCCUGGUCUGAACCUGGUGAGGGAAACUGUUACAGUGAUGGCCCGUCAUUCAGCGUGUGGGUCAUAAUAUGGGUGAUAGGAGGUGUUAGUAUCGUCGCAGUUCUUCUUUGCCUUGCACACCUAUCAAAGAGGAUGUGGCUGAAGUGUAAGGCUAUGCAAGAUGUUGAAGUCAAAUUGCCGCCUGGACUAGCACCGAACAUGAAACUUCUUCAAAAAGUUGGCGAACAACACAUACGCCAAUCUUCUGCCGAUUCAAGUGGUUGCUCAAGUGGACAAGAAUCUGUUACUUCUUCUCUCACAUCUGAUUCUCAAGUUUCAAGCGAUAGCGGCACAGAAAUAGAUCCGAUGCCGGUGUCGCCCAAUAAAUUGCUCGAUACUUUACCAGCUUGGGAGUCUUCGAGUUUGCGUCAAAGAAAUGUUGGGAUCACGAGACCAGGAUUUACAGCGGAAACAGCACGUUGGGAGCCAUAUGUAAAGGUUGCGAAAUCUGGAGAGCCCAUUAUCGGAGACACAUUGUCUUUGGCACGAUCCACGCCUAAUUUAACCGACAGUACAGGCUAUACAACUUCUCAACACACUUGGUCUUCGACUGGUUACAUCAGUAUGCCAUCGUCAGAAGAGCUGUCCAGUAAUCCGAGUCCUGUUCCUAAAGAAAGUUCAACCGCAGGUGGCUAUAGUAUCAUAGGAACGGUUUCUAAGUCCGUGAAGCCAAAGUCUGAGGAUGAUAGCGAUAUGACAGAAUCUACCACGAACACGUUGAUACCUAUCAAAACAGAAUCUAAACCUUCGAAUCCAUACAUAAGUCUAGCAUCCCUGGAGCAAAAGCAAAAGGACAAGAAACCUGCAGAGACUUUACGUGACCUGGAUGAGUUGACGUUUACCGAAUCAAACAAACCGAAACUAGAAUCAUUGACUCCGUUCUCGACAUCCGAUAAAAUUUCUAAACCGUACGUACAAACAGGUUUAAUUGAUUCAUUGAAGAAACCGUUCACUUUGAGCAGUAUCGAUGGUGCAAGGAACACAACAAUGUCUACUCCAUUCGCGUCAACAUCUUUAACAGAUUCAUGCAGUAAACCGUUCGUAUCGUCUUUCGCGAGUCCAACGUCUUUAGCGUCUACAACGUCUGCAGCGCCCACGUUGGAUUCAUCGUCGAAGCCUUACGUUUCCGUGUCCUCGAUUCCAGAAGUUACGAAAAAAACAAAUUUCCCAGCAAGCACUUUAGAGUCUUCACAGAAGACCAGCACGCCGCAAACGCCUACGUCCGACGGCUCGAAGCCGUACGUCCUUGCGAGUUCCGUUUUCCAGAUGCUGCAGCAGCAGCAGCGGACAAAACCGGAGGCUCCUGUUUCAGAGGCGAUGGAGGACGAAGCCGAAGAAGACGCUACAACAGCGUAUUCUCUCUGUUGGGAGACCGAUGAUACUAAACCAAGUUCGAAAAUGGACGUGGAUAAGCCGAUCAUCAAAGCGAGUACCGGAUACGUUACCAUAGCAGAGAAUCCAAAGCUAGAUCAACAUAGAAUAUCGACGGUAUCUUCGCCAUAUGUACAGCACGAAAGGUUCGAAAAGCCACUGCCACAAACUACUACGGGACAGUCAGACGAACAAUACAGUAAAGUGACUGUUGUGCCAAGUACUGUUCAAUGAAAAGAAAAGAAAGGUGCAAAUGUAAAGAUUGUGGCAGUGUAGCUCGUGUUUGUCACUUUGUAUAAACUUCCUUCAACGUAGGAAUUCUUUUCUAAUGAACUACGACGGUGCAAUACGAUUUCACGUUUUGUAGGUGCUUUCAAAAUGUAGUUGACGACUGUGUGAGUCCUACAUUUGUUUUCACGAAUAUAGUAUUUAAGCCGGAGGCCUGAAAAAUGCUAAAUUGAGACACGACGGAUAUACUUUUGGCAUGCUACGUCAGUGUGUUUAAAAUCUUAGCGUUUUCUGGGAUCCUACAUGAAACAGCAUGAUGCUGCGUCACGACUGAAAGAAAAACAAACGAAAUUGGAACACGAAGUGUACAACGAUAUUAUUCGAUGAGAGGACAAGUCGAACAUAAAACGCCUUCAUUUGUGAAAGUAUGUACAAAAUGAAUUACUUUUGUAUCAUAUAUUGUGCAAUGUGAUGUGAAAAUCACUAGCAACGCCAUAGCGUAAGAUUUAUAGUUUAAGUAAAUUAUGUGGCAUAUACCCAUCGACAGAACAAUCAAAUUUUUCGCUGAUUAUUCUAUGCUAGUAUAAUAAUUCUCACUCGUAGGAAAAUCGUUAUUUAAUCAUUGUGAAUAGAGAUGUACAAGUAUCCGAUAGUUCGAAAUUGUGUUGGUCGUGUAAGAUUAGGCGAGUUCAGGCAGGGGCUUGAAAUAAAUCGAAGAUUUCCAUCUGUCGAUAGAAAAUCAGUUCGAUUCGAUCUCGUUUUCUUCUACUUUGAAAAUAAUCGAAUUAGAAAGUCCCACGUUUCGGGUCACUCCAAACUUGCCCAAGUUAACUCGACCCGACAUAUUCGAUUAUCCGCACAUCCCUAAUUGUGAAGCUUUUAAUUGACUAUGUGUAGUAACAUUAAUGUUUCGAAAUACGUUCAAAAUCAUUUUGCUGGAAUUUCAUGCAAGAGAAUGAAUUGCAAACGCUUAUCGUAGAAGGUAACAACAUGCAAAUCUUGAAAUUACAUUCGCAGAAAUAUUUGCCUUAUUUCGAUAACUAUAUUGUAUCUUGAAACACGACAAAUAUUUGCGAUCGACUGUGAAAAGUUACUGGAAUUUACAAAUCAAUCUGUCAAUUAUUAAGAUUACGAUUUUGUAUCGUUUUCGUGUUGCAAAAGAUGGAAAUCGUUAUUUGAACAAAAUUCCUUUGUUAAAGGUUCGAUUGACUUUUCGCUGAAUUUGUUUAUUUGUAUAUAUGAUUUAUAAAUUGUUCCUGUAGUAAUUUACUAUCGCUAGCAAUGAUUGACGGAAAAUACGCAAUGAAAAGAAACUAUGGUAACAAGUACAGGGUCAUGGAUAAUAAGAUAAGAAAAUACUAAUCGAAGCAAAGUUUCAAAAGAAAUUAGAUUGUGCAUGUUCUUACGCAUUUCGUUAUCGCGAAACGGUUAAAACGUAUCGGAAAACAACGUUCUUUAUUUUUUCUGUUUUAAAUACCUUUGCUGACUGCGUUAGCUAUUUUUAUGAAAACUCAAGUACAUUUUAAGUGCAAGAAAUCGUUUAAUAUUCUGUUAUCUUAAUACAUACAUUUAUGGUCACUAUAACAACCUAACAGAUAUAAGUUAUUUUAAAUACUUAUCUUAUCCAUAUUAAUGAUAAGAAUUAUUUUAAAGGUGUGAAAUCAAUUAUAGAAUCUGAACAAAUUAUCUUUGGCAGUCAGCAAAGUUAAAAGCAAGAACGAAAUGGCAUAUUUUACAGGAAUUUUAAGAACGAUGCAACACCAUGUGGAACAUUUAUGCUACAACAAAGCAAGAAUAUAUAUUAUAUAUGUAUGUAUAUGCAUAAUACCUUAAGCUAGUCAUUGACGGGGUACAUGAGUUUUUACAGGCCAUUUUUAUUGCUUAUCAUUUGUGCUUGUUAAAUGAUCAUCGAAUAAUCACGUUUUCUGUUAAAAAAGGCUUGAUUCUGUUACAACGUUGUUAGUUUAUUGAUAAAUGAACGAUAUGUCGUUCGAUUUUAUAUUAUAUCAAUCCAUAUUUGUCGAUGAAUUUUAUAUAAAUUACGAUCAGAGCUUUAUGGAAUCAUUGAAAAAGCGAACAAAUUAAUUCCUCCUCACGUUGUCACAAUCAUAUUUUACCUCGUACGAAACAAUCGAACAAUUCAAUUAUUAUACAACAUACGUAUAUAAAUCAGUACAAAAAAGGCCUGGUAGGAUUUGUAGCCAAAUUGUUUUACAAGUUCAAACAAACCUUUCUGACGUACGACGAUAAAGCAAAUACCGAAAUAUUUAAAGCUAACGAAGCACGUUGUUUGUACUUGUGAAAUAAUGAGUGCCUCAAAAUAAGUGCCACGGAGAGACUCGGCGUCCGUGGAACUUUCUCUGUAGCGAGCUUACGUAUACUCGUAUGUUAUAUUGUUGUUACUAAGAGAGAGAGAAGAGCGAUUAAUAUUUAAAAUAGCGUGUAACAUGUAAAUGCUGCUUAGUUUAUAGUAACAUUUAACCGUUCGACUGCCUGCCGUGUAACUCGAGCGCGCUCUAAUGUUCCACGUCCUGAUUACCAUUCAUCGAUGAUGCGCUCGGAUCGCAUUGUUCAGCAGUUUUGUCAUAAAAUAGCUAUUCGACACUUCGACCGUCGAGGCACUCGAACGGUUAAAGCGAAUGAAAUAUAGAACGGUAAAUAGGGUUUGUAUUGGAGCGAUCAGUGCGUAGUAAAAAUGCAUUGGGAGCAUGAUUUUUCUUUUACGCAGAAAUGUGCAGUUUUGUGCAACGUAGGUUUCCCUUGGUUAAAAAAAAAACGGAAACUAUCUCAUUAAUCACUUUAUUUCCUUAAUUGGUGCAGUUUCAGUAUAUGGCCUUCCCAUUGAUUGUAUAACUGCAGAGUCCGCUUUACACUUGAACUAUGAAUCAUUUUCGUCAUAUACUUUUAUAUACGGUCAUAGAACAGUAAUCGUAGAAAAGCUACAAUAACAAGGAAAUUGAUAUGCGUAGACUUGUUGGGGGUAAAACCGUUUGUAUAUAGCGAGACUCUGCUACGUUUGCAAAGUUAACAACUUCCGUAUUUCCAUAAAGUCUACUUUGCACCUGAUUGUACGUCCAAUCGGUAUACUUUUAAUUGAUCAAAAGUUGUUCUUUCGAACAGCUGUUUUCUCCAUCCAAAUAGAUCGUUAGGCGAAAAGGGUAAAUAUAGUAAAAAACGAAGAAGAAAAAAGAAACGUGUUAACCGAUCGAUCGUUGUAUACGUAAAACGAAAGAAAAUGCACGAAUGCACGAGAGAUUUCGAAACAUGCUCAUGUUGAGAUGAUUAAGUACUUUUCACGGCAAAGGCUUUUUAGAUUGAUUUAGAAAGUAACGGAGCGCAUCUACUUUGUUGGGUUUUACAUGUCUACAUUGUACAUACAGUAUAUCUAUUUUUGUUACGUAUUUAUAAAUGAAAAAGAACUACUUUAUUGCACACUAUAAAUAUAUAUAUGUAUAUACAUCUAUAUAUAUACGUAUAGAUAUAUAUAUAGAUAUAUAUAUACAGCCUAGACUAAAAAGGUUUAAAACGAUGAAAUUGUGGUUUAAGCAAUUUAUAUAUAUAUAUAUAAAAUAUAUAGACGAUUGCGUGACACGUGUAAGACAUACUUCUAUAAUUAAAACAUUUAUCUUUAUCGAUUAAUUUGUCCUGUGGAGAUCGGGGCAUAUAUAAAUCGCUUAUAUUCAAGAAUUUCUUUUUUCUUUUUCUUUUUAUGUAAUCAAACAACCUCUGUAUAAUUUAGUUGAAUAGUGAAUAGUUUGUUAGGAAGUCUAUAAUGUUUACGUUACACUUUCAUUUAUACCAAGGGUGCUCAGUUUCCGUCGACGUUGAAUCAAUGAUUUAUAAUUAAACAUUGCAGAAUACCGGGAGUCUACGAAGAAACGAUUCGAUGUAAAAUUUCAUUGUCAUAAGAAAUGCAAGGCAAUCUUAUAUAGUGCAAUGACUCGUGAAUGAUCGAUUUGUGUAAAUAUUAAUUGUUCUUUCAUUUUGUUGCGUGUAAUAUAAUUGUGUUGAAUGCUACUAUACGAUCGCAUGAAUCAUGCGUUUAUUGGGCACCUUGGUUGUAGAUUUUUUUUUAUAUAUUCAGAGUGCAGUGAAUUGUUGAAGAGGAUUACCAGAGUUUGAUUAAAAUAUUUGUUGUUGACAUAGUGAAAAGAGUUCGAAAUUACGCUCUUCGUGUUUUAUACGUGUCUGUUUAUUUCUGCGAAACAUCCGUGAUUCACUCAUUCACGAAACUUGGUAUAAUACUUUUUUUUAUCCCCGAAUACGAUCACUUUCGCGAACGAAAUUUUAGUUGAAUUUUUAUCGUCGACGAAUAUCUUCGGAAAUAUCGAAUACUUAGUGGAAAUACACAGACACCGCGCUAACAUUAACUGUGCUUGCAUUAAUCGUGGAAUACUGCGACUGUAAGUCUCUUCUUGGAAUUGGAAUUUUCUUGAUGAAUUUAAGAAAUUAAUAUCGUAGUAACGGCCGGACUGUUUACGCAAUUAACUCGAGGAAGUGGCUUCCUGACGUCGUAAAUGAAUGUAACUGAACGCUACAAUGUGUUUGCAAAUGAACAUGAAAAAAUAAUAUAUUUUAAUAACAGUAUUCCAGGGUUGAUAGCCUCAUGAUAACCAGUUUUUCGUCGAGCUAAACUAGACCUUAAUUCUAACAAGAUCUUGUACAGAGUAUUGUAAAAUAUAUUUUUACUACAUUUUUUUUUGGUUUUAUUAUUUAUUUUUCUUUUAUAACACGAAUUGUGUUUUAAGUUCGUCAUUGUAGAACUGCUGCCGUUAUGCCAUGUUAUGUAUGCCAUGCCGUUCAGCCUUGCCAUUUGUAUAGGUUCGUUUUACGAUCAAUCCCAAAGUUGUUUUUUGUUUUUCAAUACUCAUACACGGAUCGCAACAAGAAAGUAAAAACUCUUGUAAGACUUACCUUUGAAUUGAUGCUGUCGAUAUGCGCUUGAGAAGCCACUACUUUAUAACGAUUAUGCUGAAAUAUAUAACAUUUAUAUCGA